AUGGACAACUCAGAGAGAUGCUUUCUUGAUUGGAUGACGCUUCAAAAACGCGACUCGGAAGAGCUUCUCCAAGCCCUGACAAUAACUGAUGAUGGAGAUCCAAACACUCUAUUCGCCGAGUUAGUCGAGAAAAAUAUGACUCAUUUUCAGGAAUACAUAGACAGAAGAACCCAACUCGCUGUCGAAAGACCCUGUACUUAUUUCGCACCAACUUGGAGUUCUUCACUGGAGAAUUCCUUGCUGUGGUUGGCUGGCUACAGACCCUCAGUUUACAUCAGACUCUUGUACUCACUUUGCGGCUCAUACGUCGAAACCCUAAUAUCAGAAUACCUUGAUCGCGGCGCAAGAACAGGCAAUCUUGGCGAACUUUCGGCGCAACAGAUGCAUAAAAUUAAUGAUUUGCAUUGCAGGAUUAUCAAACGGGAAGAACAGUUGACUAACAAACAAGCGAGUUUGCAAGAAGAAAUGGCUGAUGAUCCUGUUUCCGUGAUCGCCAAGGAACACAGAGAUGCUCGUGAAUCUUAUGAGCAAGUGCAAAGCAAUAUUCAAAAAUAUGAAGGCGCAAUGUUCGGAAUCUUACAGGAAGCUGAUAAUCUGAGGUUAACCACACUUAAGGAGUUGGUUAGUAUUUUAACUCCUCUUCAGGCUGUGGAUUUUCUUGCUGCUGAUAAGAAGCUUCAUCUCUGCUUGCAUGAAUGGGGUAAAAGAAGGGAUGCUUUACAGGGUAGAACAAAUUAA